AUGGCCACGACGCCGGCACAUGCGCUCCACUUUGACGCAGCACCAGAGGCCAGCGCCUUCUUCUUCGGCAACGUGCUGGGCCAAGGCUCCUACGCCAAGGUUUUCCAUGCGCAGCUGAAGAAGAGUCGCAUGGACUUCGCCGUGAAGGUGAUGGACCAGAGCUUCAUCCGCAAGGAGAACAAGACGGCCUUCGUACUCACAGAGCGCAAGGUCAUGUCACGCCUCUCGCACCCUAAUAUCGUCAAGUUCUACUGCAGCUUCCGCGACCACCACAGCUUGUACCUGGUCAUGGAAUUGUGUCGCGGUGGCGAUCUCUUCGGACUCAUCAGCACGGAGUAUCAAAAGCAACAGGGGCAAGGUGUAUCGGAUGCGGCGUGCUCUUUCAAACUCACGCAAUUCUACACGGCAGAGCUGGUCAACGCAUUUGAGUAUAUGCACUCUCAGCAUGUCAUCCACCGCGACAUCAAGCCUGACAAUCUGCUCCUCAGUGAGCAAGGACACUUGAAAGUGACUGAUUUCGGCACUGCAAAGGAUCAAGAUGGAGAGAGUAGCGACGUUUGUCAGUUUUGUGGCACGGCCUCGUAUGUGUCUCCGGAAGUUUUGCACGACAAACCGGCCUCACGAGCAGCCGAUCUAUGGGCAAUGGGUUGCUUAAUCUUCCAGAUGUUAACUGGUCGUGCUCCUUUUGUUGGAGAAAAUGACUACCUAACUUUCCAAGUGAUUAUUAACCAUUCGAGCGAUGAGUUCGAGUUCCCAAGUAGUGUCCCGGAAACCGCGCAGGAUCUGAUCCGUAAACUUCUUGUUCAGGACCCCGACGAACGCAUUGGCGCUCAGCAGAACGAAGAAGGCUACGCCGAACUGAAGAAUCACCCGUUUUUCGAAGGCGUCGAAUGGGACAGCAUUAACGACAAGACUCCACCCUACAACCCUCCCAAACUAGAUUUGCCCGAGCCAAAGCUGGAUGGCGCUUCGGAGAACUGGACAGUUGCUGAGUACUUUUCGGACGAUUUCUCUGAAAGCACAACGGACGAGUUCAGCAGCAAACGUUCGCGGAGUAGCAGCUCUCUCCAGAGGAGUCGACCUGCUUGCAUCGGUUAUGACGAGCAGAUCCGCUUUGAAUCCACUGUGAAAGUCCGCUCCAAGAUGUUUAAUCGCACCCGAGAGCUCUACCUCACUGAUGCACCACGAUUGAUCGUAAUCAGUGCGUGGUCUGGCCGCUUUAAACGCGAACUUUUCCUGACUCCGGACACUACUGUAAACGAAAUCGAUCCCCAUACGUUCGACGUUGUAUCGCGUUCAGAUACGAUCCGAAUCACCGACACCAACAACCUUGCACAGCAGUGGGCACGUGCCAUCUCGGAGGCCGUCUCAGAGUAG